CUUACUCUUCCAACAACUAAACCUUGGCAAUCUUCUAAACCAGAGAUACAAAGAUCUGGAUCUAAAGCAAAAGUAGGAUUUAUUCCAAAAAUGCAUCGUUUUUAUCAUAUGGAGUAUUUUCUUCUACCAGAUGAUAUUGAACCUCGAAAAUUAGAUUUGGUAUUGUUUGGUCCAGUGGCUAAAUUAUUUCUGGAUACAGAAUCUAAGGUAGUAAAACCAUGGCUUGAAAAUGACCAGAUAUGGGUUUCAUGGAACCACAGCAUUGAAAUUAAUAUUACCAAUGAGUUUCUAAUAAAACUAAGAGAACACAGCAUAAAAUUAAGGUUAUGGGAUCUCAAGGAAAAGGUUUGUUCAAAAGCCAGGUUUUGUAAACUAAAGAGUAAUGUACCACUAUCAGAUCAAGGAGAAUUUGAAGGUAAUGUCAAGAAUAUGGUUUUGUAUCAGAGAGAAUUCUUACAACGUAAUGAAGCCAAACCCAGUAUCACAAAGGUUAAACCACUAGCACCUUUUGUGCGAAAACAGACAGAUGCUUUGUCAGCUGUGAGCAAGCGCAUGGAAAAUGACUCCAAGGCUAGUGAUCAAAAAUACUCUCGGAAAUUUAGUUUUCUACAACCUCCUGUAAAAUCUGAUGAAUCGAACCGUUCACUGAGCACACUCAGUAUUUCUGGGAGUAUAGCGUCUUCUUUUAAAGAAAAAACCAUUCAGGAGGGUAAAACGAUAAAACAGAAACACCGUGCAUCACUGUUAAUAAAAACCAAUGGGGGUAAAUCGCCAAUUUCUUCAGACAGAAAGGAAAGAGCGUCUAUAGCUUUUCUUCACUCAGAAAAGAGGAGGCCAUCGCAAAAAGGUAACGUUUUCAGUGCUGACAAGAAAUCAAAACAGGCCGCCCAGAGGUCAGCUGGUAAAGAAGCCGCUGCCUUGGCAGCCCAGGCAAGGAAGUUUGGAAUAGCGGUUUUGCAACUGGACCUCAUGCCUCUUCUAGCAGGUGAAUACUAUAUAGCCAGUCGAUGGGAAGAGAAUUCCCCCAAACUUAAUGAAGCAUACUUAGGUUUUGCUAUAGACAAACCUAUUAUGAGUGAAAAACACAAACAUGACUUAAAUCCACUGAUUAUUAAGAUUAAGUCUGCAAAAUGUCUACCAAAUACUCCUGUUCCAAUUGAAGAGUUGCAGAGAACCUGCACUCCUGUUUACUGCAAAUACACUUUCUACAAUAUGUGUCCCCAUUAUACACAAGGUCGAGAUCAUGGAACUGAUGUCUUCUUUAAAGAUAUCAAUGUGAUUCUUGUAGGAACAAUAGACCCUGGAAAAUUCAGUGAAUACCUAAGAGGUCCAGACUUAGAAAUUGAAGUUCAUGACCGAGACAAGAAAAUGGAAGAUCUCAAGAUGAAGCCAUCUUUGUUUGGAGAAGAACCAGGAGACAGCAAGCUAAGUGACAUAAGCAAUGUCACUUCGAGAUACAUGCUCCAGAAUCCCAUUACAGCCAAAGAAAAUAUUUGUAGCCUGUAUGGAGUAACUAAAAUCAAUUUGAGCAAUUUGUUGCUAGGGGAAAAGACCUUGAAUUUCUGUGCACCAAUUCACAACAGCUCAGUUCAAGAUACAUCUCUAUUCCAUGGACAAAACACCAGUCCAGGGGAUAAGAAAACAGAUGACUCUCAGGUUGUUCAAUUUCCAAAUGGGAAUUAUGUAAAUGCUGAGUCAUAUCUUAAAGUGAGAGUUGAAAUAAGUGUACCAUUAGGUCCUUCAGAGGAAGAGGGCGCUGCUGCACGUUGUCCAUAUGGCUGCAUCAUUUAUCUUUUUGAUUAUAAUAAUACAUCAUUCUUACACUAUUUGAUGCAGGAGAUUACAGAAAUUAAUGCAGAGGCUUUCCUACUUGAUUCCUAUCCCAUAGAUACAACUCAAAAAUCUCUUAAUACUUUGAAACUGAAUCACAAACUUUCCUUAGAAGAGAUUUCUCGGCUAAAUAUUAUUACUGGGUUUCACAUAAUUGACGGGUCCAUUCACCUUCUGAUCCUGGAAGGUUUCAGAAAUAAAGCACUUAAGAGGAUGUGGAAUAAAAAAAUUGAUAGGGUGCAGGAAACGGAACGUGGGAGAUUACAGAUUUUCUAUAAUUCACACCUGUCUUUUCACAAGCGGCUGUAUAUAGAUCUUGAAGCUAUCCUGCUUCACAUCCGUCUCUGCAAGCCACUGUCAAGCAUCAUGAAGCAACCUUUGUUAUAUAUCAGGGAUAUGGUUCCUCAGCCGUGUUUUGAAGCUCUUUCCAGACUUGAUUACAUCUGCCACAGUAAGAAGUUAAGGGAAGUGGUCCAUUACAGUCUCUUGCCUUCAGCAGAAAUGAUCACAAUGUUGAGUCAGGAGUUUGGGGUUCCCUUGACUAAAGCUGACAUGUAUGCAAGGGAGCCCCCAGAGAUCUUGGAAUCAGUCAGUAAAAUGCAAAAGGAUCCAAGCAUGAGGCAGUAUGGGUGUUCUCACUUGGAUAACCACAACGAGAAGUAUGUACUGAGAAAAAAGGAACAAGAAAGCCAGGCACCACAUAAUUAUAUCCAGUCCAAUAUUGAAUAUGUGAACCUCCUCAAUGAGAUAUUUGAAAGAGACAUCCCGAGAACUAUCAGAGCUUUCCCUUUUGGUGAAAAUGCUAUCUUUAACUAUAGUUGUCAGACAUUAAAUUCAGCAGAAAUUGCAAAGAAGCUACUUCGACAAGAAAUGGCAAAGAUGCCAGGAAAAAGAUUUGCUUAUAAUGAAUAUCUGUCAGGUAUGUUUGACCCAGUGGAUGAGGACAGUAUAUUAAAAGAACGUAUUCAACUAUCAAAGAAAUUGUGGUUGUAUCCUGGAGGGUUUGCAAAUCCUGGAUUUAAGAGCAGCGCAGACUCCAACAAACAUCCCCGUAGGCCUGAUGAGGCACGAGUGAUAGAAUUAAGAGAGAAAUGGCAGGAGAAUUUUUUCAAUGCUAGUUUUAUGAAGCCAGUUCUGGAUCGGGAUAGAUGGAGAUGGGACAAACGAUAUGCUGAUUUUGAGCUGUACCAAAAGCCUGUAGUCCAAAACCCGGUUCCUGACCCUUGUAGAGAAGAGUCUAAGAUACAAGCGUCCUUUAAUACUGCGCUGAAAGUUCAUCGGUGCUGCCCAGCAACAGAGCUUAUUUCUAGUGGACCCAAAGCCAGCUGCCAAGUCGCUCGCCUUCGGGGUCUGCUGAAGGAUAAACCAGUCAAGUUAUCUCUAAAGAUGCAGUCUCUUCCAGUUCUGGGAGUUUUAGGUAACAUGGAAGAGUGCAGUCCCUGUAAAGGAUUUGUUCCUGGUGCUGACAUUCACCACAGCUUGAUGUCAAGCCACAAUAUUCCGUGCUAUGACAGGGCACACGAUGUAUUUAAAACUCUGAAAGGAGCAGAUUUCAGACUGAUUUGUCAGAAUCGUUCAUAUCAUUACAAGAGGUAUUCAUUUUUGAAGAAACACAUCUCAGCAAUAGAUAAAACAGAGAAUGAAGUGCCUGUUGCCUCACAGCUGAAUAACCCCAUGACUGAAAUUUGAAAGAUGAAUAGAAGAGUUUUUUUAUUAGUUGCCGGUACAAUAAUCAGAAUCUAAUAAUAAAUUCAAACCUUCUGAAAAAAAUCCUUUAAUUUUUACAGUUUGUUUAAUGUUUGGUUUUGUAAUCUGACAAUCA